CGACGGGCGCAUAGCGUGAUUUCGGUCUUCCCUCUGCCCCUCAUGAGCUGAAAGGGUAUGAACGGGAUCUCCAGAAAUCGCUGCCUCGAUGAGGAAGCCCGGUAGCGACAUAGAGCUGCCCCUCAUGCCCCCCUGAUUGAGAUAUAAAUAAUGGCCAUUACGGCUUUCUCUUGCGUCUGUUUGUUUUCAUCUUGCCUUCGUAUUCCUUUUCCAGAUCUGAACAUUGUCUCAAUUGCAUUCCAAUUCUUUCUCUCUAAUCAAAUCUCUCAAAACACACAAGCCAUAAACAAUGUCUUACAACAACCGCGACAAUGACUACAACUCCAGCCGCUCUGGCGGCCAUGGUGGAAAUGAUAGCUAUGGCGUAAAUCUUGCUCAUUUCAUCGCUCACUACUUGUUCUCAAACGUUACUAAUGCUUCCUAGUCACGCCAGGGCAAUGACUCUUACGGAGUAUGCUAUCCCCCUGUUGGCAUUUCAGUCAAGUCUUCUCAGCACUAACGUCUAUCAGUCCUCUGGUGUAGGAAAUGACUCGUACAGUUCCAAGGACGACAGUUACGGAGUAAGACACAAAGCCCGGCCAAACAUCGACACCCCACUAACAGUCGCAUAGUCCUCAAACCGCUCAGGAAACUC